GGGCGGGGCUUCUCCGGUAUGGCUGAUGGGGGUGCAGUCUUAGCGGGCGCAGAAGGAGUGCUAUUAGAUAUUAGCGGGGUGCUUUAUGACAGCGGAGGCGACGGAGGCGGAGUCCCCAUUGCUGGAUCUAGAGAAGCGGUAAAAAAGAUCAAGGCAUCUGGUCUAAAGCUGCAGUUUUGCACUAAUGAAACUCAAGCUACGCGGGACAAAUUUGUAAAAAAGUUGCAGCAUUUGGGUUUUGACAUCGCGGUAAAUGAAGUCACUGCUCCAGCACCUGCAGUGUGUCGAAUUCUGAAGGAGCGCAAUUUGAGGCCUCAUCUUCUUGUGCAUGAUGAUCUCAUUCCUGAAUUUGCUGAUAUUGAUAAAACAAAUCCUAACUGUGUAGUAAUUGGAGAUGCAGCAGACAACUUUUCUUACAAAAAUCUGAAUGAUGCUUUCCAAGUUCUCAUAAGCCUGGAAAAUCCAGUUCUGCUGUCUUUGGGAAGAGGACGCUAUUAUAAAGAAACAGAUGGACUAAAACUUGAUGUUGGAGCAUAUAUGAAAGCACUGGAGUACGCCUGUGAUAUUCAAGCUGAGGUGGUGGGAAAACCAGCCAAAAUGUUUUUCCAGUCAGCUUUGACAGAAAUGGGCAUUGAACCUCACCAGGCCAUCAUGAUUGGAGACGAUAUUGUAAACGAUGUAGGAGGAGCCCAGCAGUGUGGAAUAAGAGCUGUACAAGUACGGACGGGAAAGUACAGAGAAAUGGGGUCUAUCGGGGGUCUUCAACCCCAGGGCUGCAGUCCACUAUCGGCUGCGACCCAGUCGGAACUGGGCCACGGAAGUGGCGGGCGAGCGUGCACGCAGCUUUACUUGCAUGAGCAAUGGACCUUGUGAUGAGCAGCAUCCAGAAGUCAAAGCAAACCUUUAUGUGAACAAUCUGGCAGAAGCUGUUGAUGUAAUACUCAAGAAUUUGCAUAAAUAAAAAUGCUGCAGGAGUCCACUCUAGGCAGAUGUUAAUGUAAGAUCUUUGGCAUAGCUCCACAUUUCUAGCAAUGUUCAAGCCUUCCUCCAUUGUUUAUGGACUAAUUGGGAAGCAACUUACAGUACCUCAAACAUGCCUUCAACAGUCUAGUUUAAUUUGCCAUUGUAUCCAGCUAAAGUGAUAUAUUAACCACAAUAAAAGUAAAAACAAAGUUCAGUGCAUCCCUGUUACUCUGCUCUAGAAUCAUUUGAAUCUUGUUUGUCUGAUUUGGGGUUACUAUAACGCAUCACUGAAUAAACCUCUGUGCCAU